CGGGAUGGUUUUGUUCUUGGUUCUGGAUAAUGAAAGAGUUCAUCAUCUCCAUCCUGCGGGAUCGGACCGGGACUCGCGGUGCGCUCGCGGGUGUGCAGUCCGACGGGCUGCGGGAUUCAAGCGGGAUCGCGAUGCGCCGUGAUUCGGAUCAUUAAUUCAGCCUCAUUCGGACGAUUCGGAUCAUUAAUUGAUGUUUGGAUGAUCCAGGCGAAUCAUCCUGCUUAGCUCGGGCGAUUUUACACACUUGGCUGCACUGAAGCGGGUUAGAUGAGCAACUGAUGGAUUCGUAGCAUUUCCUGUUCGGUCCUGUGGACGCAGAACAUACGCAGGGUGUGAGUGUUGGAUGGCCAGGCGAUAGGGUCAGAGACGGGCCGGCAGGAUGAAUACUCUCCCGUCCAUGGACAGACACAUCCAGCAAACCAACGACCGGCUCCACUGCAUCAAACAGCACUUGCAAAAUCCAGCAAACUUCCAGACGGCGGCGACGGAGCUGUUGGACUGGUGUGGAGAUCCACGAGCGUUUCAGCGACCCUUUGAGCAAAGCCUGAUGGGAUGCCUAACGGUGGUGAGUCGGGUCGCAGGUCAGCAGGGCUUUGACAUGGAUCUGGGGUAUCGGCUGCUGGCCGUUUGUGCCGCAAACAGAGAUAAAUUCACCCCAAAAUCAGCAGCGUUGCUGUCCUCGUGGUGUGAGGAUCUGGGUCGACUUCUGUUGCUGCGUCAUCAGAAAAGCAGACAAACUGAUCCAUCUGUGGGCAAGAACCCAAUGCAGGCCAACAUCAACAACAUGAAACCAGUGCUUUCACAUGGUGAUGCAUCAUUUCAAUAUGACUCUGUCUCCUGGCAACAAAACACCAGUCAGCCUCCUGGUUCUGUUUCCGUGGUGACCACCGUAUGGGGUGUGACCAAUACGUCACAGAGUCAGGUGUUGGGAAACGCAAUGGUGAACCCAAACAACCAUAUGAACCCUAUGACGGGAGGUAAUGGAGGUAUGAACCCGGGACAAUUUGCUGGACAGCAGCAGUUUUCCUCCAAGGCCAAUCCAAACCAGGCCUACAUGCAGCCGGGGAUGUACGGGAGAUCCAGUUACCCCGGAGGAGGAGGAGGAUUCGGGAGCAGUUAUGGGGGCGGUCCUAAUCAUGCAGGUGGGAUGGGCCUGCCUCCACAGACACGCCCUCCUUCUGACUUCAGCCAACCGGCCGCCGCCGCCGCCGCCGCUGCCGUGGCUGCUGCCGCUGCUACUGCGACCGCUACGGCCACAGCGACGGUCGCCGCUCUACAGGAGACACAACACAAGGACAUGAACCAAUACGGGCCGAUGUGUUCCUCCUUUCAAAUGGGACCAAACCAGGCUUACAGCACUCCGUUUGUGAAUCAGCCCGGCCCCCGAGGGCCCCCCGCCCACCCUGGGGCCAUGAACAUGGGGCAGCCGCGGGGGCAGAUGGGGCCGUACGGGGGUCCGAGGACGCCCCAGCAGGGCUACGGGCCACGGCCAGUGCAGGGGGUGAAGAGGCCGUAUCCUGGAGAGGGAAGCUAUGGGCAGCAGUAUGGACCAAACGGGCAAUUUUCCUCUCAGCAGGGUCAGUAUCCGAACCCUGCCACCAACAGAGGCGUCUCCUCACCACAUUACCCCGCUCAGAGGAUGCCAACCCAGCCCGGGACGCCCGGACAGUACCAAACCGGCGCCAUGGGACAGUUCUACAAGGAACCCAGCAAUAACUUCAACACAGGAAACUUUCAUUACAAUGGGCCUCCGCGGCCGAUGGGCAGUUACCCUCACUCUCCGUUACCGGGUGACCCCACGCCCCCCGUGACCCCAGGAAGUAAUAUGCCACUGUGUCUGUCACCAAACCAGGACAUGAAGCCCCCGUUUCCUCCUGAUAUCAAACCCAACAUUAAUGCACUGCCGCCUCCUCCAGGUAACUCUAACGAGGAGCUCCGGCUGACAUUCCCGGUUCGGGACGGUGUGGUUCUGGAGCCGUUCAGACUGGAACACAACCUGGCCGUUAGUAAUCACGUCUUCCACCUACGGCCCGCCGUCCACCAGACGCUCAUGUGGAGGUCUGAUCUGGAGCUUCAGUUCAAGUGUUAUCAUCAUGAAGACAGACAGAUGUACACAAACUGGCCGGCGUCUGUGCAGGUCAGCGUCAACGCCACACCGCUCACCAUCGAACGGGGCGACACCAAGACUUCCCACAAACCCCUGCACCUGAAGCACGUGUGUCAGCCGGGGCGAAACACCAUCCAGAUCACAGUGACGGCCUGCUGCUGUUCGCACCUGUUUGUGCUUCAGCUGGUUCACCGGCCGUCGGUCCGAUCGGUUCUGCAGGGCUUACUGAGGAAGAGACUCCUCACCGCCGAACACUGCAUCACUAAAGUGAAGAGGAGCUUCAGCAGUGUGGCCGUGUCUGUCGCCGGUGCCGGUCUGAACGGUGAUGAUGGAGUGGAGCAAACGGCCAUCAGAAUCUCACUAAAUUGUCCAAUUACGUUCAGGCGCAUUCAGCUGCCGGCGAGAGGCCAUGACUGCAAACACGUGCAGUGCUUUGACCUGGAGUCAUAUCUAGAGCUGAACUGUGAGCGGGGCACAUGGAGAUGUCCGGUGUGCAAUAAAGCGGCUCUGUUAGAAGGUCUGGAGGUGGAUCAGUACAUGUGGGGGAUCUUGAACGCUCUCCAAAACUCAGAGUUUGAGGAGGUCACGAUAGACCCGUCGUGCAGCUGGAGGCCGGUGCGGAUCAAAUCUGAGCCGCACAUAAAGGAAGAUCCGGACGGGUUGAUGUCCAAGCGCUUUAAAACCACAAGUCCCAGUCAGAUGGUGCUGCCCAACGUCAUGGACAUGAUCGCUCAGCUCGGCCCGGGAGUGUCUCCGUAUCCCAAUCAGAACCCACAGCAGCAGAACAACAGCACUAACCAGUACAACAGUCCAGGCCACAGUUUCCAAGGCCACAGUAAGUUUGGUGACUAUCCCCAUGGCAACGCUGCAUCAGCAUCAUCAGUGAGUGAGUUCGUUCAGGGGCCGCACCUGUCUCACCCCCCCGCUGACCUUUCGACCUCUGAGACCCUGACACAUCCGUUACAGGACACCAUGCCUCACCCACUCAACACAGAUCAAUCCCACAAUCCCCUGCAGCACAGUAUGCAGCCGUUACAUCACAGCGGCCCGCCCCACCCCUGCAGGCCGCCGCCCAGCCAGCAGAGCUCCGCCCCCGGCAGCCACAUGCACCCAGAAAUGACCUUUAACCCCUCAGCCAACCUGGAGGGUCAGUGUGGCGGUCAAAGCAGCGCGGACAUACGCGAGGCCUCCUUAGAUCUGCUGCCAGACCUGAUGAAUCCAGAUGAUCUUCUGUCGUACCUGGAUCCUCCGGACCUUCCCAGCAGCAGCAACGACGACCUGCUGUCUCUCUUUGAGAAUAACUGAGACGUCGAACCCUCGACUAGCAGCUCCUCGAUACUUGACAAACACAGAUGCACUUACCGUCACUUCCUCUACCUGUACAGACUACAGAUUUCAAAACCAGCGUGGACAGACGGACGUCGACAAUAACCAUUAUCUCUGCAUCCGGAUACCUUGUUUUUAUCUGUCAGAAUGGCAGAAAGCAUUUCGAUGAUGUUUUUAAAACUUUGCAGCUAUGUUCAGUCUUUUUUACCACAUGAAAGUGAAUCUGGUCAAUACAUGUGGUAGCAUUUUUCUACUCGCUUUGAUUUUGAUACGAAGAAGCAGACAAACACCCGUCCGCUGUUGUACUGUGUUCAUGUUACUCCUCCACGUCUCAUAAGCUCUUUUUAUUCAUCAUUUUAAUAAUGUUUCAGUGGCAAUUCUCAAACGUUCAACCGAAGCACAGCUCUUAUUCCACACAAAUCACAUUGUUUGGAAACGGAAAGGGAAAAACGGAAAUCAAGCUCACACCGUGCAAUUAUCCGUCUAGUUCACUAUUCAUAAUGCAGUUGUAUCAUUUUUAAGAAGCUCAUGUAAAUAUUUGUGAAUACAUUUGUUUCGAUUGGUCAUCCAUGUUUAUUCUCUCCAUGAAUAUUCAUUAUGAGAGCGUGUGAAAGACAUGGGCUGCGUUCAGAAUGCAGUACUAUACUGAACCGCAAUGCAAAAGUUUGGGGUCUUAAUGUUUUUAAAAGAAAUCUCUUCCGCUCACUAAGCCCAUUUCUGCCACAUAAGAAAACAAAAUCAUGCCAAUUAUGCAGUCAAGUUAUAAUUAUGAGAUGAAAAGUCAAAAUUUUUACAUAAAAAGUCAAUUAUGAGAUAAAAAGUCAGAAAUUAUGACUAAUUCAGAACUGUGAGAUAAGAGUCAAAAUGAUGUCACAAGACACAAGUCAAAAUUGACAUAAGUUUAAAUUAUGAUAAUUAUGAGAUAAAUCGAAAUUAUGACAUACUAAGUCAUAAUUAUGAGAUAAAGGUCAAAAUAAUGACAUCAUAAUUAUGAGAUACUGUAAGUGAAUUGUGGGAUAAAAAUAGAAAUAAUGUCUUGUCAUAUUUAUGAAAUGACAUAAUCAUGAGAAAUCAAAAAUUAUGACAUAAGUCAUAAUUAUAAGACAAAAUCUGAAAUACAUACUAAGUUGAAAUUUUAAAUUAAGUUAUAAUUGAGAUAAAUUGUGAAAUUAUGAGAUAAAAAAGUCAAAAUGAUGACAGGCGAAAUUAUGAUAAAAGUCAAAAAUAUGACAAAAAGUCAGAAUUAUGAUGCUGUGUUGACACCUUGACAAAAAAGGUAAAAUUAUGAGAUAAAAAGGCAAAAAAAUAUAUAUAUUUUUUUUUAGUCUCAUAAUUAUGAAUUAAUAUGUCAUAAUUUUGACUUAAGUUCUAAUUUUGACUUUAUCUCAUUAGGACUGAGUAUGUCAUAAUUAUGAGAUAAAAAGUUGAAAUUUCGAUGUUAUAAUUAUGAAAUAAAAAGCUGAAAUUAUGAAACAAAAAGUCAAAAUUAUGACAGUAAUUUGAAAUGAUAUUUAAGUCAUAAAUAUGGGAUAAAAGUCGAAAAUAAAUAUAAAAAAAAGUCAAAAUUACGCUACAUCAAAACUGACAAAAAGUUACAAUUAUGAGAUAAAAGUUAAAAAAAAUUUGAUAUUAUAAUUUUGUUUUUUGUCUCGUAAUUAUGAAUUAGUAUGUUGUAAUUUUGACUUGCCUUAUAAUUUGGACUUUUUAUCUCAUAAUUAGGACUGAGUACGUCAUAACUAUGACAAGUCAAUUGUGAGAUAUAUAAAAAAAUCAUACAAAAAAAACUGAUAUCAUAAUUUUUUUUUAGUGUGGUAAUUAUGAAUUAGUAUGUCAUAAUUAUAAUGUCAUAAUUAUAAAAUAAAAAGUUGGAAUUAUGACAUACUAACCUAAAAUUAUGAUGUAUGUCAAAACAUCAGAAUUUUUUGUCUCGUAAUUGUGAAUUCGUAUGUUGUAAUUUUGACUUUUUAUCUCAUAAUUAGGACUAAGUCAUAAUUAUGACAAGUCAAUUAUGAGAUGAAGUUUAAAUUAAAGCGUCAUAAUUAUAUUAAAAAAAUUGAAAUUAUGAUAUACUAAAUUGAAAUUAUGACUAAGUCAUAAUUAUGAGAUAAAAUACAAAUUAUGAGAUAAAUACAAUUAUGAGCUAAGUCAAAAUUAUAACAUACUAAGUUGAAAUUAUAAUUUGAAAUUACGAGAUAAAAAGUCAAAAUUAUGACAUAGUAAUUUGAAAUUACAACAGUCAUAAUUGUGAGGUCAAAGUCGAAAAUAUGACAAAAAAAUUGAAAAAAAUGAGAUAAAAAGGCAAAAAAGAUCAUAAUUUAGUUUUUUAGUCCCGUAAUUAUGAAUUAGUAUGUCAUCAUUUUGAAUUAUGUUCUAAUUUUGACUUUUCAUCUCAUAAUUAGGACUGUCAUAAUUAUGACAAGUUAAUUAUGAGAUAAAAAAAGUUGAAAUUAUGACAUCAUGAUUAUAAUAUAAUGAAAUACUAAGUUGAAAUUAUGACUAAGUUGUAAUGAGAUAAGUCAAAAUAUUGACAUAAUUAUGAGAUAAAAUUUGAAAUUAUGUCAAGUUAUGAUUAUAAGAUAAAAAGACAAAACUAAGACAGUACGUUGAAAUUAUUAUAAAUAUGAAUUAGUAUGUCAUUUUUUAUUUAUGUUCUAAUUUGGAUUUUUUUUAUGUCUUUGGGACUGUCAUAGUAAGGAGUUCUAAAGUCAGUUUGGCUUUCAUAAACUCAUCUCAUAGUUAUGACAGUAAUGUGUGUGAAAACUCCACUAGAUUUUCAAACUUCAUGCAUCAUACAGCAAAAAAUGUUUUGUAAUUGCGAACGCAGUCCAUCUUCACACGGAGUGAUACAUCAAACACUUCCAUUUCAGAAACCAAUAAAAAAGCUGUCGGAGGCUCAGCUGGGGAUAUUUUAUUGAUAUACAGAGUUUCAUGUUAAUAUGAGAAAUAUUGUUAAUAUGUACAAGUAAAUAUAACAGCCUUAUGUGAAAUAAAUCUAUACAGGUUUGUUUAUUUGUAGAAAGGGCAGCUGUAUGUAAAAGCUAACGGCCAUUUGAAUUGGUUUUUAAUAUUAUUUUUUGCUCUUUUGUUUUGGUAAAUUAUUUUUUAUUGUUCUUAUACUUUAAUGCCUGUUCUGACCAAUUCAUUGCGUAGCAAAAAAAUAUACACGUGCAAAUAAUUUUUAAAUAUGUGACACGAGUCUUCCCUUUUUUAUGAAAGAGACGGAUGAUUUUAAUAUCUGAUUCGAAAUCGUUUUUAUCUGUGAAAUCAUUAAGGCUGCAUCUCCACAUCUGAUUCUGCUUUAAAGUCCUGAAGACUCCACUAAGACACAUCUCACGAACACAAUAAAUGAGUUUUCUGUUCGUCUCCGUGAAGAUAAAUGUUAGUGGCGACUCAUGAGAUCACGGCUGUCAUUUUCACACUGUGUGAGGCGGAAAUAAAGCAUUUCGCUGUGAUUCUUUGGUCCUGCAGAUCUGUAUGUGGUUUGAUAAUAUGAGCAGCUCAUAUAGACUCAUAUGCUCAUAUGUCCUCAACAAACCAAAACUCAAUAAACUCAUCUUUAAUCUCCA